AAUAGAAAUUGGAACGGCCGAUGGGAACUAUGGCAGCGCCGCCUCGUCCUCCCAUCGGAACCUUAUCAUCUUCCUACAGCUCUCUCCGUUUUGGUGGAAAGAUCGGGGUUCGCGUUAGGGUCAGUGCCAGGUCUUCGGCUUCUUCCUCCGCGACCGGUGAGGAGUUCCUCCCCAAUGCUCGCCGACGGAAGAUCGACCCUACCUGGUGCGGCGGAGGAUUCAGCCUCGGCGUCGAUCUGGGCGCCUCUCGGACUGGCCUGGCUCUCGGCAAAGGCUACUCUCCGCGGCCCCUUACCGUGUUGGAGCUAACGGGUCAGAAGCUCGAGUUGCGCCUGCUUGAUAUUGCCGAAAAGGAGGAGGUCGAUGAGUUCAUUAUUGGGCUUCCGAAAUCUCACGACGGAAAGGAGACGGCACAAUCAAACAAGGUUCGUAGCAUCGCAGGAAGGCUCGCAGUACGGGCCGCCGAGAGAGGUUGGAGAGUUUUUUUGCAGGAUGAACAUGGCACUACAUUAGAUGCCCUUGAUUAUAUGAUAGACAUGGGCCUAAAAAGGUCUGCUCGCCAAGGGAAGAUUGAUGCCUACUCUGCCAUGAUGGUCCUGGAGAGAUAUUUCUCUAUGUCAGGUCUAGGAACUGAACUUGUUCUUCCUAAGCAGUUGGAAUUACAUGAAAAACUUCGAAAGGGUCCCUGCAGAGAUCUGGAUUUCUGAACAUACGACACACAACAGUGAAAAAUCAACCCUUUCCUUUUUUAUAUCUAAUUGUGGACUGGAUAUGCGGAGAGCUGAAGUGAAUCUUUUACUUGACGGGGAUCUAUUUGUGUGCAGUGCAUGUUGCACAAACUGCUGACGCGUUCCAACUGAUAUGCAGGGUUAAUGAUACCAUUGAUCUGAAGCUCUCUCUAAUCUGUAAGAUCACUCCAAUUUGACAUUCGUAUGUCGAGCGAACAUUUGUCUCAGGAAGCACAGUCGCUGGGAUAACGAAACUGGAUGCAGAGGCGUCGAUUCUCCCAGUCUAGGAAAGAAGGCCUCCCGUUCGAGUAAGCUGUGCAAGGCGCUCACCACUCUCGCCAGCGAUGCCCACACCACCGGAGCACAGCAGAAGGCGUACCCAAGCAAUACCAGAACCCUGGUGAUGCCAUCCGAGUACCAAGGGAACGCCAUCACAAACAGGGAACCCGAUAUCGCCAACAACAGCGCGAGUACCGGAAGAGCUGGGAGUAGGAAGACGCCGGUCACGAUCGAGCACAGCGCAGCUGCUCCGAGCAGGUAGAGCGGCCAGCCCAGAAGCGGAUGCACCGUUCGCGGGACGAGGAAGAAGGGCACGACGUGUGCCACAAAUAUGGACCACAGAGCUGCCACCUUCACCAUGAUGUGCAGGAAGGAGAUGCUCUUCUCCGAUCGCCGGUUGUAGCAGAGCCUCAACAAGCCCGGCCGUGCUAGCCGCGUGACCACCAUGAUUCCCAGAUAUAUCGCCGCCUGGAUCAGCAUCGCCGGCGCCUCCGCCCCGUAUCUGCUCAU